GUGACGCGGGCUGGGCCCGCCCCCUGCUGCCGGCCCCACACUCACUCGCACCAGCCGCCGCCAAGCAGGCAGCAACCGCGUCAGGGCCGUCCGGGGACCACGCCGGCGAUGCCCGCGGCCUUCGCCGAGCCCCGCGGGACCCGCUGAGUUGCCCCCGGGCCGGGGUCAUACCGGGCCGGGCCGGGCCGCGCGCCGCGGCGCUGCCUGCAUGACCCUCCGGCGGCGCGGGGAGAAGGCGACCAUCAGCAUCCAGGAGCAUAUGGCCAUCGACGUGUGCCCGGGGCCCAUUCGGCCCAUCAAACAGAUCUCCGACUACUUCCCCCGCUUCCCGCGGGGCCUGCCACCCACCGCCGCGCCCCGCGCCACCGCGCCCCCGGACGCCCCCGCGCGCCCGUCCGCAGCCAGCGCCGGCCCCCGCAGUCCCUCCGACGGCGGCCGCGACGACGACGAGGAUGUGGACCAGCUCUUUGGAGCCUACGGUUCCAGCCCGAGCCCCGGCCCCAGCCCUAGCCCCGCGAGGCCGCCUGCCAAGCCCCCCGAAGAUGAGCCGGACGCCGACGGCUAUGAGUCGGACGACUGCACCGCCCUGGGUACCCUGGACUUCAGUCUGCUCUAUGACCAGGAGAACAACGCAUUGCACUGCACCAUCAGCAAGGCCAAGGGCCUGAAGCCGAUGGACCACAAUGGACUGGCUGAUCCCUACGUCAAACUACACCUGCUGCCUGGAGCCAGCAAGGCAAACAAGCUCAGAACAAAAACUCUGAGGAACACUCUGAACCCCACAUGGAACGAGACCCUCACUUAUUACGGGAUCACGGACGAGGACAUGAUCCGAAAGACCCUGAGGAUCUCCGUGUGUGAUGAGGACAAAUUCCGCCACAAUGAGUUCAUCGGCGAGACUCGCGUGCCCCUGAAGAAGCUGAAGCCCAACCACACCAAGACGUUCAGCAUCUGCCUGGAGAAGCAGCUGCCGGUGGACAAGGCAGAGGACAAGUCCCUGGAGGAGCGAGGCCGCAUCCUCAUCUCACUCAAGUACAGCUCCCAGAAGCAGGGCCUGCUGGUGGGCAUCGUGCGCUGUGCACACCUGGCUGCCAUGGACGCUAACGGCUACUCGGACCCCUACGUGAAAACAUACCUGAAGCCAGAUGUAGACAAGAAAUCCAAGCACAAGACUGCGGUGAAAAAGAAAACACUAAACCCAGAGUUCAAUGAGGAGUUCUGUUAUGAGAUCAAGCAUGGAGACCUGGCCAAGAAGACCCUGGAGGUCACUGUCUGGGAUUAUGACAUUGGAAAAUCCAAUGAUUUUAUCGGCGGAGUGGUUCUGGGUAUCAACGCCAAGGGUGAGCGCCUGAAGCACUGGUUUGACUGUCUGAAGAACAAGGACAAAAGGAUUGAGCGUUGGCACACGCUCACCAACGAGCUCCCGGGAGCUGUGCUCAGCGACUGACUGCCCCAUCUGCUGCCACCCACCCAUGCCACCCAGCCCACACAGGCCCUGCCCUGGGCCUUCUCAGCUGCCGUCAAGGGCUGUGGCCCUCACAAUGGGCAAGAUCCAGGUUGUCUGCUCGGACAUAGCCACUGCAGCCCCUGCUUGGAGGCCAUAGAGAAUCCAGCCCCCCCCCCCCCCCCCCCGCCUCCCAGGGACAGGAAGACACAACGUUGGACCUGUUUCAACCCCCUGGGACCUAGGAGGGCUGGAGCUGGAAGAAGUCUUCACCCUCAGCUCCGCCCAGAAGAAGGGCUAUCUAGGGUGAGGACCUGUUGGGGAGGUAAGGGGCAGAACACAUGCUGCAAGCACAGAAGUGGGGGUACUCUGGCUGCCUGGAGACCCCAGAGGGAAGGACUACGGGCAGAUGGAGCCCAGGACUCUAGGACAGGCCAUGUAGUCAACUAGGGCUCCCAACUUACUCACGCCAGGCUUCGAUGGACAGACAGAAAGAGUCCGAGCCCCCGGGGCAGGGAGUCCUUGUCUAGCAGGGGAUCUGGGUGAACACAUUACCACAAAGAGGUGAGGCAUACAGGAGCAGCCGGUUGUCUGCAGGGGCUGUGGGUACCGCUGACUGCCAGAGGGUGAGGACAGAUUGGGCAUCUUGGGGGAGUCAGGACUCAGCACGGCCUGGAAAAGCCAGCUGUGGCUUUGAAGCUAAGAGAAGGCCAAAUACGGAGAGCAGGAGGCCUGGGGUAGGUGUCAGGGCUGGGACAGAGUCAUGGGUGGGGAUCUGGGGUUGGUCUGGGGCAGCAUUAGGUUUUUAGGGAGUAGGAGGCCUGGGGUAGGUGUCGAGACUGGGACAGAGUCAUGGGUGGGGAUCUGGGGUUGGUCUGGGGCAGCAUUAGGUUUUUAGGCAGGAUCUGGGCUUGAUGUGUACAAGCACUAUAGGGAAACUGAGGCUGACUGUUCAAACCCAAGCUCUCCCAUUUGAUCUUGCUCCCAAGGGGCCUCAAUGCACCCUGCUCCUGUUCUCAGCAGAAGUCUCUUUCCCUCGGCUUCAGGGAGAAGAGAAAGGAAUUUUACUAGCAUGAAGAGAGACACCCACCUCUCUCUUCCUCAUCUCCACGGCUCAGGCUGGUGUUGGGUCCCUCAACACUCCAUGGCAGGCAUCCUGGAUCUAUCAAGACAGUGGGUUGCCUUCAGGAAUAGCAGUGGAAGACAGAACUUUGUUUGGGGGAAGGGGUGGGGGUGGGGCUUCUGCCCUCCGGAGCUGAGAGCUCUGACCUUACUUUCUGGGAUAGGGUGGGACACAUCUCAAUCUUGAAGCCCCCAAAUGUCUCCUGCCAACUAGGGCUCCAGGAAGAGAGGAGGAACGAAGACCUAAGGAGUUCUACCAUCAUUCCAAAGCCCCAUUUUGCUCAACCCAUCUCUGGGUAGCAAGGCUUGGGGGUCCUGAGAGGGAAGAUGUCCUGCCCUAAGCCCAGCACCUUCCUUCAGCUAAAAUAAGGAUCCAGGGUCCCGGGUCACAAUUCCAAUCCCAAGCACUCACCAGCCUUCCCCACUUGGCAGGGAAAAUAGGUCUCUAUUCCCUACGCACCCACCUGUUGCUUAUAGAGACUGGAUUUCCUUCUUCAAAAGGUUUUUGCCUAUGUUACAGAAUUGGCAGGCACCUUAUUGAAUCUUCACCAUCUUGUGUGGCGGGUGGCUUGGUCAGCCCAUUUUAUAAGUGAAAUGAUCUCAGAAAAGUUGAAAAACUUCUAGGGCCACCAAACUGGGAGGAGCUGAAACAAGACAACUCCAAACCCUUUAACUGUUUGAGGGUAAGGCUCCUUUCCCUACUGAAUCGCUGAGACUUGAAGUCUGUUGCAGAGGAGUCUUGUUUUUACCCGCCUCCUCGCCCUCUAGCUGGUAUUGAAAUCACCUGUGCCAUUUAGAGUUUGCCAGAAGGCCAGAGCCAAGCCCUGGAACUCAGCUGCCCUGCCCCCAGUCUGAGGUCAAGGGACUUAGUGUCAAGGCUGCCAGUUUCCCCACACAGCUAAAAACCGGAGCUUAUGGGGGCCCCAGGAAGGUGUUCAACGCACCUUGUUGAGCUCUGAGUAAUUCAGUAUUUGCCCUUUGGGAAGCCCUGUUCUGAAAGGAGCCUGGCAGCCUCCUGAAGAUGCAGAAGUGUUUACUAGACAUGAGGUGACUGGGGCCCAGCAAGAGAACAGGGCUCAGGUGGAAGAACCUGGAUCCCUCUGUUGUCCCAGGCAUAGGGGGGCUUGAGCUUCAGAGAAGGUCCUUGUGAACCCCAGGGACAGACAGGGUGGGAGAUGGGGCUUCUACCCAAUUGGCUCACGUGUGAGUGCCCAAGCAGGAGCCCACUAAAGUGAUGGAAGUUUCCCGUGGCCCUGGAGUACUUCCAAAUCCCUGGGUCAUUCCAUCUGUGUUAAAGGAAAGCCUUUUGAGAAGUUCAGAAUCAGCUCAUCCUUUCACCCCAAACGGGUUUCUUGCUUCUGGCCCAUCAGCGUUACAGAGAGGAAAUUUGAUACCAAAAACAAAGGUCAUUCCAAAGUCGGGUCAGUAACCAGGGCGUCUCCCGAAGCUCGGCAUCCACCUCUCAUCCUGGUGGUGCCCACCACCACCAUUAGCCAAUCCCCAAACGGGCCCGUCUUCCAAGCCUGAGGCGGUGACCUCCUGACCUCUAGUGGCGAGAACGAGGAGCUGCACCUCCGCGGCCGGCUUACCAGUCGAGCCUGGGCCAAGCAUGUCUGGCCCUUUUGUCCUCCAGCCAAGUGAACCUCCCGAUGCAUGGACUCCGGCUGUCGUCGACGCGGACUCGUACACUGCUUACGGUUUUGCUACCACGUGACGGCUGCAGAGUACAUCCUCAAACUGCAGCGCCACGACACAAUUUUUGUACUUUCGUCUGACCUUCCCGAAGGUGUCCUUUUUAAGUCUUAUUUGUUAAUAUUUAAAACGAUAUAUAAUUCAAAGUAAAUGGGAACGUUGUACUGCGAUCGCACUAGCCCGGGGGACUCCUUGUAAGAUCUGGAGGGCACAAGCGAAAGGCAACUGGGGUUUACAUGUUGCAUGUACUCUUUGUUUUUUGAAAUGGUCUCACUUGUAAACCAGGCUAGUAUCCAACUUACGGUGAUCCUUCUGCCCCUCAUUUACUCCUCACUGAGAUUCCUUAUGAAACAGGCUCCCAAGUUAUGAAUGAGGAAACCGAGACUCCGAAAUUCGAAUAUACGGGGCUGAUCAGAUGCACUUGCCACACAAGCUUUAGGACCUAAGUGUUGAUUCCAGGAACCCAAAUCAAAAAGGCAAGAUGAAGCUGGGCAGUGGUGGCAGGGAGGUGGUGUCCUAUGCCUUUAAUCCCAGCGUUCUGGAAGAAGGGGCCAGCGUGGGCUAUAGAAGGAGUUUCGGGACAGCUAGAGCUACACAGAGAAACGCUGUCUCAAAAAACAAAACAACAGGGGGCUGGAGAGAUGGCUCAGUGGUUAAGAGCAUUGCCUGCUCUUCCAAAGGUCCUGAG